AUGGAUGGUUUGAAGAUUGAACAGCUACAAUCUCUUCAAUCCAAGGACCAAGCGGCACUCCUCGACACGGUCGACGAGAUUCGUCGUCAUGGCGUAAACCGUUACGUGUCGCUGCCUCAACUUAUCGUCUGCGGAGACCAGAGCUCCGGCAAAAGCUCUGUGCUGGAAGCCAUCUCUGGUGUCCAGUUCCCAGUCAACGAUGGCUUAUGUACUCGAUUUACCACAGAAGUCGUCCUGCGUCGCGCAACCAAAAGUCUGGCUACCGUCAAGCUCAUCCCCGCCAAAGACGCGCCUCCAUUUCACAUAGAAAAGCUAUUACUAUUCAAGAAAAGCUCCAUCAGCCAUGCGAAGAUUCCAGACCUGAUUUCAGAGGCAAAGACCUUUAUGGAUCUUACUGGAAGCAGUACCUUCUCACGAGACAUCUUGCAGCUGGAAGUCUCUGGUCCCAAGCUACCUCAUUUAACCCUGGUUGAUCUUCCAGGUUUGAUCCAUCAUCCCAACAAGGAACAGACCGAAGAAGAUGUCCACAUCCCGAAAGAACUAGUCCAAAAAUACAUGUCGCAGUCGCGAAGCAUCGUGCUAGCUAUCAUCACGGCGAAAAAUGAUACUUCGAACCAAGUCGUGCUAGAAAUGGCCAAGGCGGCUGAUCCUCAGGGAAAUAGGACGAUGGGUAUCAUCACCAAACCAGAUUGUUUGAUCAAAGACAGUCCAAAUGAGUUAAACUUCUUUGCUCUGGCUAGCAACAAGGAAACAUAUUUCAAGCUUGAUUGGCAUGUUUUGCGUAACGGCGAUUUUAACGAGCGCAAGGACUCUACCUUCGAUAGGGAUGCGGUGGAAAAGGCCUUCUUUGCAUCGACGUUAUGGAAGAACUUACCAAGCCACAAACGCGGAGUAGAAGCCCUACGUACUAGGCUGAGCCAUGUCUUGUACCAGCAAAUUCAGAAAGAGCUUCCGAGUCUUAUCAAGGAAAUUGAAGCUGAAUUGGCAGCUUGCAAGACGACGAUGGAUCGACUUGGUUUGCCUCGUGACACUGCUGGUAGCCGACGCCAGUAUUUAACAGGAAUUGCCGGUCGAUUUCUCGAACUAGUUCGAGCGGCUAACGAUGGCGCUUAUCAAGAUCCAUUUUUUCGGUCGACGAAUUCUGGGGUUUUAGGUACAGUUCAAUUGCAAAAGACACGGUUACGCGCGACUUUUCUUCAAGAAAUUCGUCAACUUCUCAAUGAUAGCAAAGGAAGAGAACUUCCCGGUACUUUCACACCGCUUCUCGUCGGGGACUUGUUCAUCCGCCAAUCGACAAAUUGGAAGCCUUUUGCCCUAGACUUUGUUGAAGAUGUUUGGAAUAUUGCCAAGCAAUUCUUGGACGACGUCUUGGUUCAUGUAGCAGAUGAAGACGUGAGGGAAGCGCUACUUGAAGAGAUCAUUGAUCCAGAAAUGGACAGAAUUUUGAUGAAGCUCAAAGACAAGGUUACCGAGUUACAUUCACCUUAUGCUCGUGGCUCUCUGAAAACUCUCAACCCUCGCUUUGUUAAGGAGCUCGAGAACCGACGGUCCCAACAAGCCCAAAAUCCGUCUACCCAGCCAGGUACCAUACUCGGAAUGACUGGUACUGAAGAUGCCGAUUCGUAUGCGUGCCGAGAGCUACUGCAUCUAAUGCAGGCUUACUACACUGUCGCCCUCGACGUCUUUGUUGACAAUGUAUCUAGCCUUGCUGUCGAGAACUGUCUUAUGAUUGCGCUUGAGGACUUGCUAUCUCCUCUCACAGUCUCUGAAAUGAGUGAUGAAAAGCUCGAAGAUAUUGCAUCUGAGUCGCCGGAUGUUCACGAACUGCGCAGUCAGACGCUUGAAAAGCAAUCUUCGCUUCAAAAAAGUUUUGAGCUGUGUCGUCGGCAAGCAAGAAAAUUGGCAUCAAAUCGACUCAACGAAGAGGCACAAAAGAAGACACAAAAGACGGAGACCUUGCUAACUUCGGUCACGGAAGGGUCUGCAAGGGUGAAUAUUACACCAGCCGCCUCUGUAGCAACACCUAUAAAGUCACAAGGUUACAACAACACUACCUCUCAACCAAUGACCCAAGGUCCGGCGGCAUUUCGAGCUUCAAAUGCUUUUUCAACAAAGGUUCAAAGUGCACCUCGAGCAUUUAGUCCUUCUCUAUUUACUACAACAGGUUCGAGCGUAGGUCACAUGACACCUCAGACCUCGAGCGUCUCGCUAUCUCCGAUACCACUUUUCGGCGGAGGCCAGAAUGCACCUCAGACAGCAACUGCCUCAUUAUUUGGUGCACCAAGUGCAGGCACGGGCCAAGAUGCACCUAAAAUAUCAAAUUCCUCUUUGUUUGGUAAUGCACCAAGUGCAGGUACACGUCAAGAUGCGCCUAAAACAUCAGCUUCUCUAUUUAAUCUUGCUUCAUCACAGAAAGGUCUUUCUGCAUCUCCUGUGGGAACGACCAACCAAGGUUCUAAUGGCACUUUACCCUCUGGGUCGAAGACUAGCGGAGGAGGCUUAGUUGGUAGAAGCACUCCAACACCUUCACUAUUUGGUCCAAAGACUACCGGAGGUGGUUUUGGUUCUACAGACGGGCUGGAUUCCACGGAAGGGUUUGGUUCCAAGGGUUUAUUUGGUAGAAGUACUUCACCUUUGGGCGCGAGGAGUGGCAUAGGGGGGUUCGCGUCUACAGGUGCGACCACUUCACCGCGGGCAUCCAUCCCUUUUCAAAAUACUCCAGCACAGCCGAAUCAGACCGACUCGAGCAGUGAUGCCGACAAAGGUAAUGCAAAAUAG